AAAAAUUAGAAUGCGUCACACCCACAUUCUAAUGUAAAAAAGGAAAAUUAAUACAAAAAUAAGACGAUGGCUGCAUGGCUUUGCCUUUGCCUUUACAAAUAGAGAAGAAUGGAACAAAAAAAAAGUAGUCUGUGCUGUGCCAUAGAGUACAUUGUUUGUGCGCUGUGGCUGUGUCUGCGUCAGUCUGCGUCGAAAAGAUAUACACAACUUGUAUUUCUCUAUUUAAAUUUAGCCUUAAAAAUUCACCUUUUACAAUCAUUGUGAUUUACAUUAUUCGACCACAAUAUGUGACUUACGGCUUUAUCGCUAACAACAUGGCAUACCUUUUGGAUCGGUUGAUACGUUUGCUGGCAUUGAUAAUACUGCUUGUAUUUUUCUGUGAAGCCUAUAGUAUCAAAUGUAGUAAUAGCAGACAAAACUCCACAUUAAUGAAACCAUCAAAAGACGGUGUGGAAGGUCGUUAUACAGUGGAAUGGUGUACCAAAAGAACAAAGAAUGACACAGUAUGGGAUCUCCAGAUUUUUUUCAAUCGCAAGAACCCUAGUAAGUGCUCCUACAGGGACAAGCAUUCGGCAAAGAUUGAAGAUUUAGACAGCAAAGACGUCAAUUGUAGCUUUGUUUGUUUAUCUACAGAAAUAGAUUUAAUAUUUAAUGCCUGUUACCGACUUGAACAGUUGUUUAGAACACAGGGCUCUGCAAAAUCGAUCACUAACUAUAACAUAUCUAAUGAAUAUUCAAUCGAAACAUUUACAAGGUCUGUGUUUACAGCCAAUGAAAUCAAUCAUGGUGACUACAUAUCAGUAAAUUUCUUCUUUGGCAUGGUACCUGUCACAUCUUAUGAAGUGACACUAUGCAAAUUGAAUGAUGAGUCUUAUGAUCGGGAGCAGUCGUGCGAAGAGGUGACGCAGAAUUGCACCAUCGUAGUGUCGCCGCACGGCGUCACCUGCAGGCUGCGCCCGUUGCCGCCCGCCGCCUACGAGCUGCAGUUGACGCACACGGCGCCCUGGACCUUGGGACACUUCAUGCGCGAAAGGACCCAUGUCCGGAGGCUUUUCAACGUGACAGCGCCCGCUCCCGUGAAGGUGGCGACUCCUCGGCGGGCCGGGUGGUGGAUAGGCGCGGGGGUGCUGGGGGUGCUGUGCGGCUGUGCGGGUGUAGCGCUGCUGGUGCUGCGCAUGCGGCGGCACUCACUGCUGCGCAAGCACGUGCUGCGGGACUGGCUGCACAGAGAGGAGAGUAGCAGCAAGCCCCUUCCUUACCCUGGUGGUGGGGGUGGGGGUGGGGGUGGGUCGGCGGGCCCCAUCCUGGUGGUGUACGCGCGCGAGGGUCCCGCGCUGACGCCCUUCAUCGAUGCCCUCAAACAGUUGCUGGAGACUGUGGCCCCGGGACAGAUCUACGACCUUUACGAUCCGUCGACUACCGCCCUCGCGGCCAGCAGCGGCGACGCCUGGGUGCGAGCCAUGCUGGCGCGACGCGACACCCGCCUGGUGUUGCUGCAAACCCCGGCCCUGCAGGCUACCGUCAACCACACUGUCAACUCGGAAGAGCCUCUGUUGGGCCGUCGCGGCGUGUACCGCUGCCCAUUGGCUGGCGAUUGGCUGCUGCCCCUCGUCAUAAGGAUCGCCACCUCACACAACCCGCCCGCGCCCUACCGACACUACUACCUGGCAACGUUGGAGAAUCUGGAGACGGAAACUCUGCCAUUGACCGUUCCGUUCCGCCGGUACGUGCUUCCUUCGCACGCGCUCUCGUUGCUGCAACACUUAUCGCCGUCCCUCUCCGACCCUCCCACAAACGCUGUCCUUCUCACUCCCUCUCCUAGCGAGGCGGAUCAACGUCGCUGGAUCGAUGAGAUGGCUCGAGCCGCUAUAGAUUUCGUUGAUUAUGCGAGAGCGCAUCCUGAUUAUCUGUCCGAGAAUCUUAUGUUUAUAUAG